CUGUCGAGCAAAUAUACCACAUGCCGAUAUUUUUGUCGUCAGCAGCGGGUCUCCCGCUAGAGUAUUAUUACUGUACAGGGUUACAACUCACACCCACCGGUUGCCUCCCCUAGCCCAUGUACACUUGCAAAAUUAAUUAUAUACAUAACGUAUCUUCUCUCAUGAAAUAACAGGGAUAUCCUCCUCACUUUCCUGUCAUUGUUUCCAACAGACUGGGGUUAAUCACGUUGUGACCUCGCCACAUGGUUUCCAGCAACAAUGACUAUAGCCAACGGCUUCCACAAUCAUACCGGGACUCUCGACAUGUUGAAAACCUCGAGGCUGUGUGGGAGCCGAUCUUGUACCAGGAGAUGGGCAAACAUUUGGACCUGAUCAAAGAAGGCGUCAAAGGCUUCACCCAAAGCCGCUCAAACAUCCGCAGGAGCUUGACUGAAACCUCUCUAGAAAGAGAUGAGACAGCAGAGAUGAUUAUCCAACAAUUUUUGAGUAGGAAGUUUCCGGGGUUAGAUGACCUGAUCACCCAGAUCGGUCCGCUGCUGAGCCAAUACCCCAGCCAAGUCGCGCCAGCGGCGAUGGUUGCGUGUGACGAUGAUGAUCGACGCUCAUUUACCAUGGAAGCAGAGCCUGGCUCAUCGAGACAAUGCCAGGGAGAACAAUCGAUGGGGCCUCCGCCCCGCCCAGCGGCGCCGAUGGCACCAGCAACCGCGACAGCACCCAACGAUGCCGGGCACCAGAGCCCAUCCGAACCGCUAUCUAUCCCUGACUUCCAGCCGUCGCUAUCUUCUGAUGGCGAUCAUGAUUCUCCCAUCUUUCUCAGAACACAGACUGCUAAACGAUCGUUCGAUGCCAUGGAAGUCGACCAGCCGCGCAGUCCAGAGUCCUCUUCCAAGAAGGCCAAAAUAGCGCCACGAUGGGCUAAUCUUGUAACCAAGUCCUUGGAUUUCCACGAAGUCGAGGGGAAGCAGUAUAUAUUCAAAGACAUGCGAUGUGGCGAUGGCAUAUGGCUCGUGGUAUGGUGCGGCCCGGGCCAGCGAAUGCCAUUCUUGGAACACCCACUACGGGGCAAGGGCGCAUUGGACCAUUGCCGGCAGAAGGGUCACCCUUGUCACGAUACAGGAAUCACGUCUGCGUACGAACUCGAGGACAUUGUUCAGGAAUUUGUCUAUCGUGUCGAUGGAUCACAGGAAGAGUUGACGGAGCAGAGUAUCAGAGCUGCCAAUGAGAAACUAAAGCGAGAGUACAAUGUUUCACGCGAACAGGGGAAGAAGUCACGGAAAGGCAAGGAGAGAGCAAUCUCGACCCGUUCCACGACCGUGGAGAGGAAGGAGGUCACGGAUUUGGGUGAUGUCGAUCUGGACGAUGUGAUUUUCUGAGACCCACUCUGGACAGGAUUAUGCGCUCAAACGAUGACCAGUCGCAUCUACUUUCCCAUAAUUGAGGUGCCAGAGGAGACCACACCGGAGCUCUUGCCAGCUGAUGAACGAUAUGAUGUAUAUGUACGGCUGCCGUCUAGUUAACGUCGCCUCAUCGGACUUGUCGCGCGUCAACAAAUAGUGUGUUACUUGGAACUAGUGUCUGUAUUUAUGAAAUAUUAAUCCCGUGCCUUGAG